AUGGCGAUCACUGAUAAUGUCGGUCGCUUCAUGGGCCUCAAGUUCAGCUGGAAGGACUCAGGCGAAUCAGCAACAGCCACCUUUCACAGACGACUAGCGAUUCAUGACACAAGCGCGCAGUCAAGAGUCAAUUUGACCUGGUUCUUGUGUACCACAUCCUUUCUGACUGAGGUUCUCGAGGAAGCUUAUUCCAGCACGACGAUCUAA